CCCAAAUUGCUUUAAAUUAGAAGAGGUGUGGUGUGCAUGAGUGUUUUGCUUGUUGGUGUUUAACAAGAAAGAUACCGUUUCUUUAAAGUGUUUUCAGAUCUGGAGCCAACCGUCGCUGUUUGUGUUGUGGGAUAACCAGACAGUGGGAUAAUCAUGUCCGUAUCUUUAUUAAAGAUUCACUCCACUCUGAGGGAAGAGAGACUCAGGUGUUUAUUUUCUGGCUCCUGGAAAAGCACAACAAAUUCCCCUUCACACAAUGUCUAAGCGAAGCUCCAACGUUAGGUCCCUUCAGGCCAAUUUAAACAUCCCAAUGGGUGCCUUUCUCCCUGGAGCAGGACAUCCCAGCAAGAGAAAAGAAUGUACUUCAGAGGUCGAAGAGGAGGCAUUCAGAAAAUCGGAGGAUAAGAAGGAGCUGCCUGGAGCAGUGAAGCUGCCUGGCCCAGCGGUGAACCUCAAACAGAUCCAGGAUGCCAAGAGUGACCUCAGAUAUGUGUCCAAAACCGAGUAAGGGUGCAAGCAUCACAUCCUGUUGACUUUUCUACUAACCAGUUUCUGCUCGAGAAAAUGCCAACGUGCAACAGCCUAUGUAUUUCAUACGGCCAACAAUUUUUACAGCACUACGAGCUUUAAAGCAUUAAACUAUUUAUAAUGAUUAUAAUUUACUUUGAUUACCUCUAAUAUUGCAGCAAUUUGCAACCCAGUGGUGCUCUCGAUGCUGUCCAUUUUUCUUAUAAAUAUAGUAAAAUAAUAUAUUUACCAAAUCAGGACAUUUCUUGUUAAAUCUAAAAUGUGGUAAUCACAUUUUAUUUAGUAAAAUACAAAGAUGAGAGUGUGAAUUUGGGAUAUUUAACCAUUACCAUGUUACCUUUAUGUCAUGCACUGUUGUAUGCAGUUAUAAAUCUGUGUUAUAAAUCCCUUCUGGCUACUGAUGGAAUGAGCAUUCUCUUAUUCAUUACUUUGAUGCAUAGUUUUUGAAAGAAACCUCAGCAAUAAACCCAUAUUGAAAACAGCA